GGGCAGAGCCAGCCGCAGUGCCAGGAGCUCCCUGCCCGGCUCCAGCGCGGGCCCCGGCAGCAGCCCAGGUGAGUGGGCGGGACUCCGGAGGCUGGCCAGAGGGCCGCUGCUGCCGCGGCUCCAGGCCCCCAGCCAAGCCCCGCAGAUGACCCUCCAGCUGGCGCUCAGCCCGAGCAGGACCUCCACCGCCUGGGGGGUGGGGGGAGGUGGCCAGGCAGAGUUUCCCUCGGGGAGGGGGCGGGGGCUGGCGGCCGGCAGCUCCCUCCCCAAGAGGCCUCUCGGAGGGUCCCUGGGAGCUGGAGAACUCAGAGCUUUCCUCCCGCAGGGGCCGCGGACGCCCAGCACGCAGAGGAUGCAGAUGGUCGUGGUGGUCCUGGAGCCGGGAACAGCCCUUGAGCUGCGCCUGGGUGCGGAAGUCCUGGUCCUGGCCCCCCACGCAGCCCUGCAGCUCACGCUCGGCAACCUGGCGCUCGUCGUCGUCCCUGCGCGCGUCCUGAGCUCUUCCGAGGCUCUCUGGUUCCCUGCCCACGCGCGCUGGCUCUGGCCCGGCCCGACCCAGGCCGCCUGGGCCAUCAACGUGCAAGACGGAUCCCUUUGCGCCCAGAGAGCGGAGCCCAGCGGAGCGCCCCCCGCGCCAGAGGACGGGGAGGCUAGGCGAGGCUGCCGGCCCCCCGCGGGACCCUGGGCCGGCGGAGUCCCGGGCCUCAGCCCCUCCUCCCCGCACACCCUCCUCCUCCAAGCUCUCCGCGGGGCCCCUGCCCGCCAGGGCUGCGGGCUCCCGCCCGGGCCCAGGGCGGGGCUGCGCCCUCUGCCGGCCGAGUUCAGCCUGGACCUCCGCGGCCUGGGGCCCCCGCCCAGCUCGGAGCUCAGACCUCUGCCUCCCUCCCCGAGUCCCAGUCCGCGGCCCAGAGGCUGCCGCGCGCCGCCCCGUCGCAGGCCCCCCGCCAAGGCCCGCAGGCGUCUCUUCCGAGGGGAUUGAUCGGCCGCGAGCGCCCACCCCACGCGCAAGAAUUGGCGCACGCCGUUCGGGAGCCGCGGACGCCUGCCCCCUUCUAGGGUGUCUCCCUGAGGCGGGAUCACUCUCUGCCGGGAACACCGCGCGGGCGGCUGGCGCUCCAGGCG